UGGUCGCAGUGCCGGGGACACAUGUUUACAAUGAUGGGGCGGACGUAAGAAUGGAGUCGGACGAGAGCACAACCCCCCAUCCAAACAAAGCGGCUGGGUGUCACCUGAAUGACUGAGAGGACAGACCCAAGGUCACACCUCAUGGAUGGCCAGUGCAGAGAUGCAGAUCAAGUCGACCUGAGAAUCUAGGAGCAAGCCUUCAGCCCAGGAUGGCAUCGAACACCGUGGCAUCUGUACCUCAUGGAGUUUUCCGACCAUCGCCACCCACCCCUGCUGUGUUUCCACCCAUGGACUUUGCCUUCGGUGCACUGGCCUGCUGUGCUGCUUGUGUGUUCACCAACCCUUUAGAAGUCGUGAAGACCCGUCUGCAGCUCCAGGGAGAGCUGCGGGCACGGGGGUCCUACCAGAGACAUUACCGCGGAGUCCUGCAGGCCUUGUGGGUGGUUGGGCGACAGGAUGGGCUUCGGGGUCUGCAGAAGGGGCUCUCUGUUGGGCUGCUGUACCAGGGAGUGAUGAACAGUGUGAGGCUGGGAACCUAUUCUUACUGUGAGGCCCUGGGAAUCACCUCUUACCACGGAGGAAGUCUCCUCUCAGGGGCCGGAGCUGGAGCUCUCGGGGCUUUUAUUGCUUCCCCAGCCUACUUGGUCAAGACUCAUCUACAAGCCCAAACAGUGAAAGCCAUUGCUGUUGGACACCAACAUAACCAUCUGGGAGUUUAUGAUGCCUUCAGCACCAUCUACAGAAGAGAGGGUCUCACUGGUCUGUGGAGGGGUGUGAAUGGGGCAGUGCCUCGAGUCAUGGUGGGCUCAGCUGCUCAACUGGCAACCUUCACCUCAGCCAAGGACUGGGUGGCCCGUUCCCAGUGGCUCGGUUCAAGCAAAGUGCUGACAGCUCUGAUAGCUGCCAUGAUCAGCGGUGUCGCUGUGGCCAUCACCAUGACGCCCUUCGAUGUCAUCAGCACUCGACUGUACAACCAGCCAGUGGACGAGUUCCGCAGGGGGCAGCUGUAUCGGGGAUUUUCUGAUUGUAUCAUGAAGGUUUGUCGAGCUGAAGGGGUGCUGGGGCUCUACAAAGGGAUGGGGCCUGUCUUCUUACGCUUGGCUCCUCACACUGUCCUUAGUAUGCUGUUUUGGGACCUGAUGAGGCAACAAGCUAUGAAGAACUUGCAGACAAAGGGAUGAAGCUAAAACAGUCCUGCUGAUGCCAUCCACCCGUCACAAGCAGCGUUGAACCAAAGUGGCCUUAAAAAGCCUGUCGCCUUUGCUGACUGCUGAAAAUAAGUGGAGGAUAUUCUGCUGACGUUGCUUCCCUACACAUCCAAAAACACAUCAUACCAAAGGGGGCCAGUCCCUCACUUAGUUCCCCUUAGACUCCAUGUAUUCUUCAGGGGGCCUUGUUCUCUGUGAGGCCUUAAACUUGUGUUUUCAUUAAACUGUUGUGUGCUCUGCAUGACUUUCAUACUUGGACUUAUAUGUCAAGUCAUUUAACUCAACUAAUUGACCACGACUACUAUUAUUACCAAGCAAGGAUUUUAGACCUCCAUUUUCCUACAUAUCUUCUUUUUACACUAGAGUUCCUCCCGUAAACCUUUUUAAAAGACACGUGACAUUCUUGAAUUUUUUCCAGAAACUUGAAAUCGUGUUACAAGUGAGCCUGUAACCAUGAGCCAUGCUGUUUUUAUGGCCUCUAAACU